AUGCCGCCCAAAGCAAAGGGCAAGGCGGCGCCACCCUCGCCGAAGGGUGGAAGCAAGGCGGGAGCGGCCAGCAAGUCCAAAUCCCCGCCCCCCUCGCCGAAGGGAAAGGCGAAAGCAGGAGCGAAGCCCAAGGGUAAAGCGAAGGCAAAGAGCAAAGCAGGGGCAUCGGGCCCGGGAAGUCGACAAGUUAGCGGAGGUGGACUCUCGGCGGACACACAGGAAAAUGCGGACGCGAGGUACAUGUCAUUACGCAAUAACUAUCUGCAGAGGGGUUCUUUCUAGUUGCUGGGUAUGAAAAUUCGACUUCUUUUCCUAAUCACAGGACGAAAAUCAAAAUUCCUCUCCGCACAGGUCCAAAUUUGAGCGUUACCAGGAGGAGUACCUGCGAUUUAAGGGGCAGUACGAGCCGGAUUCGAGUUUGCUGAUGCUGUCGACCUUUCCGAAGGGCACCGUGUACGUGGACCCCCACCACGUCUCGCUAGUGGAGCAGGCGAACGCUUUGGUGAUGCAGGAUCUGGAGGAUGUGAACCAGAUCGGCUACAAGUACAUGACGCCGCUGUGGAUGGCCGCGCGCACGGGCAACAUCGACAUGGCCAACUACCUGCUCGAGCGCGGCGCGAAGCCCUCGAUGGCGGACGCGGACGGGUACACACCGUUGCACAUCGCGGUCCUUAUGCUGUGCAAAAGUAUUGUGCUCGUAGUAAAUGCAUUUAUGCAUCACAAAUCUUUUUCUGAAGGCAAAUCAGCAUUACAAAUUGUAAUGCUGAGGAAAUUUGUGAUGCGAUUUCCACUAUUAUGAUGGGAUGCUUUUGCAUUUCAUAGUUCUGAAGAAGCAGCGACUGGCGGUGCUGCACUUGCUGACGAACAAGGUGACCGGCGAUCCCACGAUGAUCUCCGCCAGAACGAACGCAGGCUUGACCCCGUUGCACCUAGCGGUUUUGUCCGCCCAGCGGGACACCCUGAAGUUGCUCAUUGAGCUGAAAGCCGACCCGCUGGAACGCAACCCCAUCAUGAGCGAGGACACGGCUUUGCACAUGGCGGUAAGGGAGAACCGGCACCCGCCAGAGUCGGAGCAAGUCAUCGAAGACUUGAUGUUUCACCUCUACAAGCGAUCGCUCAAAUUGGAAGAAGAGGGCGAGACGGAGGAGGCGAUUAAGUACGUGUUUUGUUGUAGAACGAAAAAUAACAUGUAGAUCAAAUCUAGCAGAUGUGGUACUUGAAGGGUUGUGCUUCUGAUUUCGACUUUUGCAUUUUUUGGUAAGUAGAAGUAAUUUCUACUUCUAGUAUUUCUAGAGGCUUUCUGUCCUUAGUUACCUGAAGCUGAAAAUUUGUCCAGGGUGAUGAAUCCGCAAAAUUCCCACGGGGACACGCCUCUCCACGCUGCGGGCUUCGAGCAGGCCGUCAUGAUUUUGCUGGGGUACCAUGCGAAGGGUAACAUCCGGAACAAGGACGGCAAAUUUCCGUUUGAAGUGUGCCGCGCCGGUUCGUCCGCCCGGGCGAUGCUGAACUCCUUGAUGCGAAAGGCUCCCCUCCCGAGACGAACGGAUCUGCGGUUCGAUAUCCCCACCGUUGACAACGCCCUCCGCUUCGAGCACAAGACAGACGUCUUCAAGAAAUUUACGCUCAUCUGACGAAGCUGCUGUUGUGGUUUAUUCGUUUUGCGAACCGCGUUUCGAUGUUGACCAAUUGUACGCCACCGUACCAACCUUGUUCAGAACGUCUGCGUUUUUUUGAAGAGCAAGUCAAUGAAUCGUGCAUAACCUAAAUGCGAAAUCUUGUAUACUCUGGCACCUGUGCCACGAUUUGAUUUUGAGCGGCAACAGUUGUAACAGCAAGACAGAUUCCAGCGUAUUAAGAUUAAGACUGAAAAAAAUCCCGAACCAACAACCCUGUACGAAAACUUCUCGCUGCCAGCUUUAUUUCUGUACUGACAAGGCAGCACAACACUAGAAACCGAUGUGCAAACCUAUGUAUGAUCAGAUUGUUUCGAUUCCGGUCCUGCGAACCGAACAAAUUCAACAUGGAAAUUAUGGAAGG